ACAGUGAAAGCCUUCACAAAUCCUGGCGAAACGGAAGAGCUGGAUGAGUCCGAAGGCGUCAUGGACACCUCCAUGUCCACCUCUGCCAACAUGCCCUUCCUAGAACGUCCCGAGGGCCAGCUGUUAAUCAAACGGCUCCUGCAUGAGGAGAAGGCCAGCAAGUCCUUUGAUUUGGGACGACUGAUGAUCACCUUGGUGCCCGCCGAAGUUCUCCGCGCCUGGACUACCUGCAACCGUAGCUGCUUCACUCUUGUAAAGUAA